AUGGUGUCUGCUGUGGUGUCUGUAUGUGAACGGCCGCAUCAGUCAUUUUUCUCGCGCCUUCUCCUACUCCUCACUCUCCCAAAGGGAGAGUUUAGCCGUCAAGACGUCGAAAGCGUCCUUCACCCUUGGCAAAUGAGUGUGGAUGAAGACGAGCAUCUGACCGGAUACACCAUUUUCAUUGAAGACUUUGCAAUUCUGCUUUUUGAGGGCGCAACGAGUUCCCUAUUUGAAGCCAUAGAGCGACUUGCCCUUCUCCGUGGAUCAGAUUUGCAGAAACAGGCCCGACCUCGGAUUCGUAUUCUUUACUUCACUGAACUGGUGUUCAAAAUCUACCAAGGUCUGACUCUCGUCUCUCAUCGUCUGGCCACUGACAACUUCAGGAUGCCCGAGGGUGCAGACGCAUAUCUGCAGUCGGAUGAAAACCGACAGCUACUGCCUUCUAUCGAUUCUUUGUAUCUUCUCGACACUUCGUCUGUUGCAGAGGGUCUCACGUGGACAGAGUCAGGUAACGCACUAAGAACGCAGGCGUGGUGAAAGGCAGUACGAUGUUCCUAAAACAUUCAGUUCAGGGGGUCAAUUGUUCUUUAGCCCAGGUUUUUUGUGACAACG